GGAGGCGGUUCAACAAUCCAUUUUAUCUCAGGAAAUUAUAUACGGAAGUUGUAGUGUUUUACAGUUCUUUCAAAUACACCAUUCACAGAAAUGACGUUCUCUAUCUUUUUAAUAUUUUUUUUAGUAAACUUAAGUCCAGUUUUUUUGCGGAAAAGAGAAUACACAACUUGUGAUAAUGAGGAAUGUCAAAAUGUUGCUAAUAUAAUUUUGAGUGGCAUGAAUCAAACUGUAAAUCCCUGUGAAGAUUUUUAUAGUUUUGUUUGUGGUUCGUGGUCCACUAAUCAUCCGGUUCCGAAAACAAAAGAAAAGUGGAGUCUCAAUACAAUGCUUGAUGAAAAAAUUCAACUUGAUUUGAAGAAUAUUUUAGAAGGAAAUAUAACAGAUAAUGACACACUGGCGUUAAAAGUAGAAAAACAAUGGUAUUCAGCAUGUAUGGAUGAAGAAAGACUUCGAAAGAAGGGAUUCGAACCAGUUAGGAAAUUAAUAGAAAAUGUCGGUGGAUGGCCAUUGGCUUGCGAUAAUAAUUGUAAAUGGAAUGAAUGCGAAUUCUCGUGGCAAAAUGUUGCAAAAUAUUAUGCAGGUUUCUUUGGAGAAUAUAGUUUAUUUUCCAUUAGCAUCGAUUCUCUUCCGAAUAAUUCGAGCAUUAAGGUUUUAUCGUUGGAUCGUACAAGUUACUCUUUAUUUCGAACUUUACUGCCAAUCAGUAUCGCUGAUGAUGAUGAUGAUGAUAAUGAUAAUAAUUACAAAGAAAAUGAUGAUUCUACUUUUAUGGAAGAAGAAAAAAAACUUUUGAUAACAGUCGUGAGGGCUUAUGACAAAUCAAUAGGGAUGACAACAGAUUUAAAUAAUAAGGACAUUCAGAAAGUGAUCAAUUUUAAAAUAAUGUUGAAGAAGAUUAAAAAAGUUCAAUCUACGAAUAAUUCUUCAUUAAUAACUAUUCUUGAAUUACAACAAUUCUACGAUCAGCAUAAAACUGAAUCAUCAACAGCUGAGAUCGAUUGGCUGGAAAUGUUUCGUGCUCUAUCAGUGAAUUCUGGUGUAAAAAUUAAUGAGGAUGAAAAAUUACUACUUCUGGAUAAAGUGUAUAUUAUAAAGUUAGCCAAACUCUUGAGUCAAACAUCUCACAAAACUAUUGUAAAUUACAUUCAUUGGACUUUUGUCAAGGAUUCUUUGAAGUAUUUGGAUAAAGAGAAGAGGCAAUGGUAUUCGAAUGCGAUGAACUCGAUUUAUGGAAUUAAAGAAGACAAAAAGCGAUGGGAAUCAUGUAUCGAACACUUGCCUCUGGUUUAUGGCUAUAAUCAAGCGUAUGUGAAAAAAUACUUUUCAGAAAAUUUGAAAAUCAUUGCUAGCAAAAUGGGAGAUGAAUUACGCGAUGGAGUUGAAAAACAAAUUUUACGCUCCAAUUGGAUGGAUGAAAAAACGAAAAACUUGGCUCGCGAAAAACUUGAGGCAAUGAAAUUUCAUAUUGGUUUUCCGGAGACAUUCAAGAAUGAGACGUUUUUUGACUACCUCUAUAAUGGCCUCAAAUUGGGACCAGAUUAUUUUAAAAAUGUUUUGAGUUACUUUAUACAUGGAACAAAACAAUCAUGGGAGAAAUUUAGAAAUUCAGCUGAUAAAAAUGAUUUCGCAAUGUUACCAACAACUGCCAACGCCGUUUACUAUAUGCCCGACAAUGCGCUAACUUUACCAGCUGCUCAGCUUAAAUCACCUUUAUUCAGCGAUGCAUUACCAACAGCUGUUAAUUACGGAUCCACUGGUUUUAUUAUGGCUCAUGAAAUUUUUCAUGGAUUUGAUAAUGAAGGUCGAAUGUAUGACAAAAAUGGAAAUAAAGUGAAUUGGUGGUCAGACCGAAUGGUUGAGUUAUACGAAGAAAAAUCGCAAUGUUUCGUUGAACAAUUCAAUGACUACAAGAUAAAUGGCGAACUUACUGAAGGGGAAAAUAUUGCAGACACUGCUGGAUUAAUUACAGCUUUUGAAGUUUACAAGAAUAAAAUAAGAAAACACAAUAGUAAUGAUAUGAGACUUCCGGGACUUCAAAAUAUAAGUAGAAAACAACUUUAUUUUAUUUCAUUUGCUGCUACAUUUUGUAGUAGUUUAACGCCCGAAUAUAGAGAACAAAUGAGGAAAAAAGAUGAACAUUCAACAACAUAUUAUCGAAUUAAUGGAGCAGUUUCAAAUAGUGAGGAAUUUUCGCGAGCUUUUAGAUGCUCGAAAAGCUCUCCAAUGAAUCCUGAUCGAAAGUGUCAUAUUUUUAAAUAAUUUUUGUCGAAAAGUAUUAAUAAAUUAACACCACAGUUAAUUGAAUGAAUAAAUAAAUAAAAGAAAUUAUUGAUUACAAAUAAUA